AUCAACUACUUAUUGGUAUAUGUUCUUGUUUCCCCACAUGUGUAAUCUUCAUCGCUCCAAUCGCGUCAUCAUAUAAAUAGAUCACAUUCGACUUUGGUUUAUUUACUUCUUCACUGUAGGAAACAGUUUUCCUUGUUCAUUUAUCAGCUGUUAACUUCUUCGUUUUUGCUUUCGACAAUGGAUGAGAAUUCAGCAACAAAUGGAACCCAUGAGGUGAUUUUAGAUGUAAACAAGGAUGUCUCUAGAACAACUCAACCCUCACGCUCUUGUGUCAAUGUUUCUUUCUUACAGAAGUUGGUAGCUGAGGUGGUGGGAACAUAUUUCUUGAUAUUUGCAGGGUGUGCUUCAGUGGUGGUGAACAAGAACAACAACAACGUUGUAACACAUCCUGGGAUAUCAAUUGUUUGGGGACUGGUUGUGAUGGUACUGGUUUACUCUGUUGGUCACAUCUCUGGUGCCCAUUUCAAUCCUGCAGUCACCAUUGCUUUUGCCUCCACCAGAAGGUUUCCCUUGAAGCAGGUACCGGUUUAUGUAGUAGCUCAGGUUGUUGGAUCCACACUUGCAAGUGCGACUCUCAGACUAUUAUUUAGUGGCAAGGAAACCCAGUUUUCAGGAACACUCCCAUCUGGGUCUAACCUGCAAGCUUUUGUGAUUGAAUUCUUAAUCACCUUUUUCCUUAUGUUUGUCAUAUCCGGGGUUGCCACUGAUGACAGAGCGAUCGGUGAGUUGGCCGGGAUUGCCGUUGGGUCCACUGUGCUGUUGAAUGUGAUGUUUGCAGGGCCAAUCACAGGAGCAUCAAUGAACCCAGCAAGAAGCAUAGGGCCAGCCAUUUUACACAAUGAAUACAGAGGAAUAUGGAUAUAUAUAGUGUCUCCAACUCUUGGGGCCGUGGCUGGAACAUGGGUAUACAACACCAUUAGGUACACGGACAAGCCACUGCGUGAGAUCACCAAGAGUACCUCUUUCCUUAAAGGAGUAGGGCGUAGUGGUAGCUCUAGGUGAUUUAUUUAACCAAAUUAUGCUACAAAUUAAGGUGUAUUCAUGUGUUAUAUUCAGAGGAGUAACAUAAUUUGGCAAAGUAGUUAUUUCCAAAAUUUAUUAUUUUGAAGAUCAUGUAACGGACUCAAAGUAGAGGGAAGAAUCACUAGUAUAUUGUUGCGAACACAUCCAAAGAAAUCAAAAAGUUCAUCUCCUCGUUUUUCACUCUAUCAA